AUGGGCGGCCCUGGACGGUCCUGGGCGCCGAAGGUGGCGGACUGCAGGGCGUACGAGGAGGGGACACGACGGGGCUGGCGGAUGGGGCUGGCGGACGGGGCUGGCGACGGGGCUGGCGGACGGGGCUGGCGACGGGGCUGGCGGACGGGGCUGGCGAUGGGGCAGGCGGACGGGGACGUGACGGGGUUGGCGUACAGGGACGCGACGGGGCUGGCGACCGGAGCUGGCGGAUUGCAGGGCGGCGGGGAGGGGACGAGAUGGGUAGGGGAAGAGGAGGCGACGGGGAGGGGACGCGACGGGGAGGCGACGAAGAGGGGACGCGACGGGGAGGCGACGGAGAGGGGACGCGACGGGGAGGUGACAGAGAGGGGACGCGAUGGGGAGGCGACGGGGAGGGGAUGCAACGGGGAGGGGAGGCGACGGGGAGGGGAUGCGAUGGGGAACCGACGGAGAAGGGACGCGGCGGGGAGGCGACGCGGAGCAUCCUAA